AUGAUUAAUGAAUUAUAUCUUUUCAGAAAGUUUUGCACCAUUGAUGAAAUUCAAGGAAAAUCUACAGUAAUUAUAUAUACACUUUGCGGGAAUUCAUUGGGGCUUGAAUUCAAAACUAUUUAUGAAAAUGGAAAUGACAAAGAUAUUUUGGAAUGUGACGAUGGAGAUGAAGUAGUUACUGGAUUUAAUAUAUCAAUAAAGGAUAACAGAAUGAUACCGUGUAAAACUGGCGAAUCAUCUUGUAAGAGUGAAAAGAAUGGAUCAUCAAUUAUAAUUUGCACAGACAAGAGAUUACCUGAAUUAAGAAGUGUUGAAACUAAAAGUCAGAUUGUGAAGAAUGGUAAGGUCGAUUUUGGAGAUAAUAAACAAACACUUUCUGGAUUUUCUGCUUGUAUCGAUGAAAAGUCAAAAGUAGAAAAAUGCCAGCCGUUUGCUAAAGGGUGUAAAUUAAUCACAAAGGAUAAUUGUAUGUCAUCGUUCGGCUGGGGAAUUUUUAUUAACUAA